AUGCGAUCCCUCUCCUUCUUCACAACCGCCCUCAUCGCGCUCUUGCUGGCACUAGCCACGCUUGCUACAGCACAGCUCGAAGCCAUCGAUUCGGUCGCGCAACCCUUCGAACGCUCCCUCGAUGACGCAGCGCUCCCCUCGGAACGCUCUCUCCUCGAGGCACGUCAAUCUACCAACACUACCACUUCAUCCGCUUCCGCCUCCGCAUCUGCACCCACCGCCUCUGGCUCUGCACCCGUCGGUGGCGAUGCCACCAUCACCGAAUCCAAUUGCUCGAUGACCAACCACCUAUCGGUCAACCAGCAGGCCUCGUGGGGCAACGGCUUUAUCAACACCUGCUGCGGCUUCUCACAGGGCACUGCGUGCUGGUACAGGAACCAGAACGCCGUUUCGGCGGACCUCGAAUGCGAGAUCCCCAGCUGCGCCGAGCUCGAGUCGGAGGAUAAGUCGAAGAUGAUCGGCUUCGUGCCGUUGAACUCGACGAACGGGAGCGGCAAGUAUGGCAACAUCUUUUUGAGUUUGGGUAUGCUCUCGCCAGCGGCGAUGGUCGUGCCGAUGGUUGGAGUAGUUAGUGUGGUCGCGAUCGCAGUGUCGGUGAUGAGUGCCCUUUGA